AUGAUAUAAUAGAUUAAAUAAUAUUAUAAUUUGGAAGAAUUUAAAAGCUCUUCACUUUUAUCUCAUUAGGUUCUCCAUAUUAAUUUGAGAAAUUAUUAAAUUGGUGCAAUUGGUGCAUCAGGCUUAGGUUCUGCUUUAGCAAAUUGCAUUAAUCUCUCAAAUUUGACACUUUACCUCCAGUCUAAUUAAAUUGGUGAUGAAGGUGCAUCAGGCUUAGGUCCUGCUUUAGCAAAUUGCAUUAAUCUCUCAAAUUUGACACUUAACCUUUGUAACAAUUAAAUUGGUGAUGAAGGUGCAUCAGGCUUAGGUUCUGCUUUAGCAAAUUGCAUUAAUCUCUCAAAUUUGACACUUAACCUCGGUAGCAAUUAAAUUGGUGAUGAAGGUGCAUCAGGCUUAGGUUCUGCUUUAGCAAAUUGCAUUAAUCUCUCAAAUUUGACACUUAACCUUUGUGACAAUUAAAUUGGUGAUAAAAGUGCAUCAGGCUUAGGCUCUGCUUUAGCAAAUUCAAUUAAUCUCUCAAAUUUGACACUUGAACUUUCGUAAAAAUAGUUUAUUUGUUUUGGAUUGUGA